UGCAAAACUAAUUUUCAGCAUCAGUUACAAUUGAACUCUCUUCGUAAAGAGAACUUUAAAGUAGAAAUAUUUUUUCACUUAUUUUCUAUCCACUUUAUAAUUCAUUCAUCUACUAAAAUGCACCCCAAGGAAUGUGAAACAUUGAUUCGUUCAGUACUGAACUCUAUGUCAACUGAUGUAUCCAUAAGCAGAUUAGUCGAAGACUUUUUGGAUCUUGUAGGGAUAGAAAUUCCCUUCAAAAUAUAUGGAUUUCCGACUUUGGUAGAAUAUUUAAAUUCCAUGCAUUGGAUUUUACACGUUGAUCUGGAUGAUGAUAUAAUUCAGGUAAUUCCUUCGAAAAAGUCGGAACAUAUUUACCGAAUGAUACAAGACGAGAUGGGCAGAGAUAACUGGGAUAAGAUGAAGAAGGAAUUCACUACACGCUGCUUGUAAUUUAACAAUGUAUAUAAGAAUGCCUGUGUCUGACUGUGAAUGUUUAUUACGA